AUAGAGAACCUGCUUCCUUAUUUGCAGCAGGAAGCCAGGUGUCAGACGCAGACAAGCGAGAGUGAGAUGACCAACACAUUCAGAGUGUUUAAUGGUGACCCUGCAGACACAUGGCUGAAGCCAGAGGGAUGUGUGUGCAGCAGUGUUUCUGAGCUGCUCAUGGGUGAAGUGGACAAUAGCACUCUCCUCUCCUUGCCUCUGACGGAGAAGAGCCGGUCCAUGGAGAAUCUUUACAGUGGCCUAUCUGGUCCUGGAGUUGACAUGCCCUCCAGAAGCGAACUGCAAGAAUACGGCUUCUCCAGUUCCGAGGAAGUGGACAUCCUUUUGCAGCGUGGGGAGGGAGGAGUGGACUCAGCUCUGCAGUAUGCCAAGGUCAUCUCCAAAUACAUGAAGGACAUCCUAUACUACGUGGAAAAGCGCACAGCUUUAGAGGUGGAAUUGGCCAAAGGACUGCAGAAGCUCUACCAUGGUUGCAGACCAACUUUAACAAAUGAGCCCUACAUGCCCUUCCUGUCCAUUUAUGAGCAAGCCUUGGAGCAGGACAUGGAGCAGAGCUGCGGGUUAAUACAGGCUGCCACUACUCUGCAGAGCCAGACGUUCAUUCAGCCACUGAUGCAGCGCAGACUGGAACACGAGAAGAAGCGGAAAGAGAUCAAGGAGCAGUGGCAUCGGGCUCAGAGGAAACUGAUGGAUGCCGAAUCAAAUUUGCGCAAGGCAAAACAGAUCUUCAUGAUGCGCUGUGAGGAGUACGAUAAGGCCAAGCACGUUACGGUCAAGGCCGAAGAGGACCAGCAUGGCAGUAACACCAACUCUGGUAAAUCUCUGGAGAAGAAGAGGAGACUGGAAGAAGAGGCUCGCAAUAAGGCUGAGGAGGCAGAAGCAACUUACCGCACUUGCAUAGCAGAUGCCAAAACUCAGAAACAGGAGCUAGAAGAUGUGAAGGUCAAUGUCCUGAGACAGCUGCAAGAGAUCAUCAAGCAGAGUGACCAGACCAUGAGAUCGGCUACCAUCUCCUACUAUCAGAACAUGCAUGGAGUGACCGCCCCACUGCCUGUAAACUACCAGACCCUGUGUGAGAACAGCAAGUCGUAUGACCCCGGGAAGCAGUACGCUGCCUACGUCAAGCAGCUGCAGUUGACAGAGGAAGUCGAGGUGCAUUAUGACUUUGAGCCUUAUGCAGCCUCCUCUAGCCACUUGCCGGGAAGGCUCCGCCAUGAUAGUUUUACCACUGAAGACAAGAGUGGCACCAAUACUGAGUCACCAUCUGCCACGGAGGACGCAGCACUCGGUCAGCAGGCCACACAGCACAGUGAGGGCUCUGGUGUGUCUCAUGCUGAGAGGAGAGCAGGCCGCGGUCACCAGUCCCACAAAUCCUGGCCUUCUACAAUCAGUGACACGGACAGCAUGGGAGGACUGGAUUCCCCAUCAACAAGUUCAGGAGACAUUAGAAAGCUGCCUAGAACAUCUUCCACAGGCACCAUGUCAUCAAACGAAGAAGCAGAUGAGAAAGAUGGGAACACAAACUCGUUUGAACAGAGUAUAAAUGGGAUCGAACCCGAGCAUAUCAUACCUACUGGGCCUUUCCGGAACGUGGGUCUCUCUAAAGCUGCCCAGACCCACCGCCUGAGGAAACUGCGUACGCCUUCCAAGUGCAGAGAGUGUGACAGCUACGUGUAUUUCCAAGGAGCUGAAUGUGAGGAGUGCUUCCUUGCCUGCCAUAAGAAAUGUCUGGAGACCCUGGCUAUCCAGUGUGGACACAAGAAACUGCAGGGGAAGUUGCAGUUGUUUGGAAGGGACUUUGCACAAACCUCACGAGACAGUCCUGGAGGGAUCCCCUUCAUCAUCCUGAAGUGCAUCUCCGAGAUUGAGAGCAGGGCUCUAAAAAUUAAGGGUAUUUACCGAGUCAAUGGGGUCAAAACCCGGGUGGAAAAACUAUGCCAGGCCUUUGAGAAUGGCAAGGAGUUAGUGGAGCUUUCACACGCUUCUCCACAUGACAUAAGCAAUGUGUUGAAGCUUUACCUGAGACAGCUUCCCGAACCAAUCAUGUCCUUUCGCUUGUACAAUGACCUCAUGGGCUUGGCAAAGGAAAGCCUACAAGUUGGACCAGAAGGUGUGGAGCACUCAAAGGUCCCUGAGCUGGUGGACCGUGGCCCUGACACCGAGGAGGAGGUGCUGGCCUGUGUUGAUAGGCUACGGGAACUGUUGAGGGAACUGCCUGCCCCGAAUGUGGCGACCCUGCAGUAUAUCAUCCGCCAUCUCCGCAAGAUUGCAGAGGUGGAACAAGAUAACAAGAUGACUUCAAGCAACUUGGGGAUCGUCUUCGGGCCAACACUCAUGCGUCCACGACCAACGGGAGCAACAAUUUCGCUGUCCUCACUUGUGGACUACCCAUACCAAGCCCGCAUCGUGGAAACGCUUAUUGUUUUCUACUCUUACAUUUUUGAGCCCAGGUCUUCUAUAAUCCUCACAAAGGCCUGCAGUAAGCCUUGUGCAGAAAGCCGUGAAACCAGCGAGGAAUGCAGCGGCCUAACAGAUGGCCAAGAGGAAAGUGAAGAACAGGAACACUUGGACUCAGACAGAAGAGGCAAUCCAGGUUGUGGAAACUCUUUGUGUUCAUCAGGAUCACAGGAGCGAUCCUUGGAUUCUGACUCGGACAGCGAGGACGCCGGCAUAGUCAACAGACACGCCAUCAAAACGAACCUAAGCCAGCUAACUAAACAGGAAAGCAUAACCAGUACAGAGGAUGGAGCUAGCAGCGAGGACCAGCUGAGUCCGAGGUCCAGCCUUGAUUUGUCUGCUCACCUACGCGUCCAGCAAGAAGACUCAGAUGAUCAGGACCCCGGCAGCUCCCUUUUGGAGCACAACAGCAAUCAAUCAAACAACGUGCAGAUCAGCCCAGCUCUGCUGCCACCUGCACGCAUCACAGGAGGCAAAUUCAAACUGAGGGAGAAACGCAAGCCAGAGUUUGUGUAAAUAAACACUUUCUUACUUUGUUUUUAAACAGGUCAUGCAGAACUAUUUAUAUAAUUUUUAUUUUUGGAAUUGAGCAGCUUUUACCUAUAUGAGACAGUCCAGCUGAAGCUGACUUGCAGAACCAAUUUCAUUUGCUUUUAAUUUACAAGUUUGAAAAACAAAUUCAAAUGUGAGCCACUAUGUUGUUACAUUUUUCAAACACAACAAGGAUACACCAGUCAAUUUUGAUGAUGCAGUCAGAGGCAUAUUUUACACGCACCAGUGUUCAGAUAACGAAUACUGAUAUCACAUCUUGAUGAAAACACAACAGUCAUUAAAAUGUAUCACAAUAAAUGUUCUCCGAUGAACAGAGAACCAUAUUCAGAUACAGCAGACUAGUGCUGGAUUACAAGAAUGAAUUCCACACAUGGCUUUUACGCAGUUUUUCUGCUAUAUUUUGUAUGAUGUAUGUUUGUGUGGCUGUACAAGUGAUUGAGGUGGCUCUCCUUGGCUUUCUGUGUGCUUCAAAACUGCCAAGCAGCAGCCAUUUUUCAUGACUCUUUAUGGAUUGCGUGAAGAGGGAUGUGCAUGAACAGAAGAGCAUGUGGUGUGACAGACUUGAAGCUUAUCGCCCUCGCAGCCGGCUACUGAAAGGGUGACGUGUUGAAGUAAGAAAGAGUGAGGUAUUGUAUAAUUAUAUAUAUUUGCAUUUUUUACAAGAAUAAAGAGUCCAGCUUUUUAUUUUGA